AUGCUUGGAAAUUUGGUGGUGAGGAUUUUGUCCGAGUCAGUAAACAAGUGGGAGAGGAGAGCAUCUUUGACUCCAUCUCACUGUGCUAGGCUGCUCCACAGUGGCAGAGACAAAACUGGGGUUGCCCGCAUCAUAGUGCAGCCCUCCACAAAGCGCAUCCAUCAUGAUGCAAUGUAUGAGGAUCUGGAGAUGGUUCUUCCUGAUAGAGCCUAUGCAUUUUUCUCUCAUACUCACAAGGCUCAGAAGGAAAACAUGCCACUCUUAGACAAGAUCCUAGCUGAAAGGGUGUCCCUCUAUGAUUACGAGCUUAUCGUGGGGGAUCAAGGGAAAAGACUACUUGCAUUUGGAAAGUAUGCUGGUAGAGCCGGAUUUAUCGACUUCCUGCUCGGGUUAGGACAGAGGUACUUAAGUCUUGGAUAUUCAACACCGUUCCUCUCGUUGGGUGCAUCUUAUAUGUAUACAUCCUUGGCUGCUGCCAAGGCUGCAGUGAUUUCCGUGGGUGAAGAUAUAGCACCUCUGGGACUACCAUCAUGA